GAUUUUAUGUUCACUAUGAGAAAAUUGCUGACUACUUGUUAGUCGGAUUUAAAUUUGUAAUAUGCGCAUACAGGUGCCAGAUUAGAACUGUAUUCAUUUGCGAAUGCCGGUGUGUCAAGUUUAGGGGGUGGGAUGAGACCCUUUCUGUAGCGCAUGUGGCUGCUGCAUGAGAGGAUUGAUUAUUUACCUGCUACGACAGCAUGUACUCCUGUUCGUAGAAGGAGCUGCUCCCAAAAUGGAUUCUGGCAAGCAGAUCUCCGGGACUCUGAUCCUGGCUGUGUUCACUGCAGUCCUGGGAUCACUGCAGUAUGGCUACAGCUUGGGGGUCAUCAAUGCUCCCCAGAAGGUGAUUGAAACCCACUAUGCACGCUCUCUUGGUGUUGAGGACUUGGCUGUGCGCAGCGCCAAUGGCAACGCCACCGAGCCGAAGGAGGUGCACCCAUCUGUGGUCAUGUACUGGUCCCUGUCUGUAGCCAUUUUCUCGGUUGGUGGAAUGGUCUCCUCUUUCUUGGUUGGUUUUGUGGCCGACUGUCGAGGAAGGAUCAGAGGCAUGCUGGUAGUGAAUAUACUGGCUGUUAUUGGGGGCCUCCUCAUGGCCCUGGCUAAGAUGGGCAAAGCCCACAUCAUGGUCCUCUCAGGACGGGCGGUCAUGGGAUUUUAUUGUGGUCUGUCCUCUGGCCUGGUCCCCAUGUACAUUGGAGAAAUUGCUCCAGUAGCAUACAGAGGUGCAUUAGGGACACUUCACCAGUUGGCCAUAGUUACAGGAAUCCUCAUCAGUCAGGUCAUUGGGCUUGACUUCCUCUUGGGCAAUGAUUACUUUUGGCCUCUGUUGCUAGGCCUGUCUGGUGCCCCGGCUAUUCUGCAGACAAUGCUCCUGCCUCUGUGUCCUGAGAGCCCACGCUACCUCUUAAUCAAAGCGGGCAAGGAAGAGGAGGCAUGCAAAGCACUAAAGAGGUUCAAGGGGGAGUAUGACACGUCCAAGGACAUAGCAGAGAUGAGGGCAGAGAAAGAGGAACUGAUGAAGGAGAGACGGGUGACGAUCUUGGGCCUGGUGCGCUCCUCUGUGUACCGCCAGCAGCUCUUUGUGGCACUGAUGAUGCAUCUGUCCCAGCAAUUCUCUGGAAUCAAUGCGAUCUUUUACUACUCCACAGCGAUCUUUGAAAGAGCCGGAGUCCAACAGCCAGUGUAUGCCACAAUUGGUGUAGGGGUCAUAAACCUGGUCUUCACAAUGGUUUCGGUGGCAUUGGUGGACAGAGCUGGCAGGCGGACACUGACGCUGGUAGGAUUGGCUGGAAUGUGUGUGUGCGCCAUUGUCAUGACAGUGGGAUUAGUUUACUUGACAACCUAUGAAUGGAUGAGCAUCGUGAGCAUGGUGGCCAUAUUCCUUUUCGUCAGUUUCUUUGAGAUAGGGCCCGGGCCUAUCCCAUGGUUUAUUGUGGCUGAGAUUUUCAGCCAGGGGCCCCGUCCAGCUGCAAUUGCACUGGCUGGUUGCUGCAACUGGUCCAGCAACUUCCUCGUUGGCAUGCUGUUCCCAUAUAUAGAGUCGUACCUUGGGAGUUAUGUGUUCAUCCUCUUCGCCGGUUUGCUCUUCAUCUUCACUCUUUUCACGUACUUCCGUGUCCCGGAGACUAAAGGCAAAACUAUUGAGGAUAUUGCCGCAAUAUUCCAGGGGAAGCGGAAAGGUUUCCCCUCAGCCGCCCCAACAACAGUGGAACUGGAGCAGCUUAAGACUGCCCCAGAAGUCUGAGGAUGGAAACAGUGAUGGUCUUGUCUUGCAAAUACAGAAUUCAGGCUGUUACUGACCACAUUGUGAAGACUGAAUUGUUGGCUGCUGAAAAAGGCAUAUGAAUUAUGGUAUUAUUGAGUAUACUGUAUCUACACAAUGGCUAACUAUACAAUAGUUUUUUUCCUGGUUGCUAAAAUGUCAGUAAAUCCGGCAUUAUGAAAAAUAAGUGGCAGUAAGAGGCAUAUUAAAGGAAGCAGUGGAUGUUAAAUUAUUGAGACUUAGGACCACAUAUGUUUAAUUUGUGUCAACAUUUUAUAUUCAGACCAGAGCGGUAUACUAAGAAGCUGGUUCAGGAGUAAACUACCAGGUUAAGUUAAGAGAUAAAUCAUCUAAUAGAAGAGCCUGGAGUCCUCUUCUAUUAGAUUAUUUACUUCUUAAAGGGACAGUUUGGUCAAUUUCAACAUGCAGUUGUAAUGCUCACACUACCCUGGACUUGUCAGUGCCUGAGAUUUUUUUUCUUCUUCUUCAGCUGUUUCCGAGAUCCUGGUCAUUGUAAUGGGGGCAGCUCUUUGUUUACAUUUCAAAAAAACAUUUUUAUUUAUUCCCAAAAACAUCCAAAAGGUUAUAAAACAUCAGCAGACAACUAGCAAACAGCAGUACCUUUUGGGAAAAUAUUUGGAGUUGGCCUAGGUUUCAUUUUUUAAAAAUGUAAACAAACGCUGCCCCCAUUAGAAUUGCUCAUAUCUCGGAAAGGGCUGAGCCGAAAAAUGUGGCAUCACCAGGUACUGACAAGUCAAGGGUAGCGUGAGCAAUACAACUGCAUGUUGAAAUUGACCAAACUGUCCCUUUAACUUAACCUGGUGUACUCCUGAACCAGCUUCUUAGGCCCCAGGUAUUUUACAUAUUUUUUAUAUGUAUAAUGUAUUUGCUUCUUUUAUUGUUGUGGUCUGACACUUAGCAGACUUAAUCAUAACUAUCAUAAGGACUGUGACAUUUGCUGUCUAUUGAUUCUUGCCCAAGAAUGACUGUAGACGUUAUGUUACAUAUGAAACGUAAGAUCUUGUGUGACAAAGUGUGUUUAGGGGCAUUAUAUCAAUGUUGACAUUUUUUUCUGAAGUUUACAGGUUGACGUGGUGAUUCAUAGAACUAUAUCAGUUCUCACAAGUUUUUAAAAAAUAUUUUUAUGGUUCCUCUUUCAUUCUAUUCACUGAUCAGCUUUUUCUAUUUUAAAUGUUUUAAAAUAGUUUUCAGAUUGUCUAUUUGUCUCUAAAAUGGAAACAAAUAAUGAUUACCAUGACAGUAUUAAAAUAUGUGAAUGAUUCAUAUUUUGAAAUUAUAUUUCAGUAAUUUAUGAAAUCAAAAAUAAAGGUUUUAACCAUU